GCCCCCGCCCUCGCUGCGUCUGCGCCCCUUGCCCACGGCGGGAGUGGCUUGGCUUGCACGCUCAACGGACGACCCUCCCGGCCCUGUCCGUGAGUCCCACACCUGCUCCAGUCCCCAGCCCAGCGCCACCUUUUCUGCCCUCUCCUUCGCGCGCCGCCAGCAGCGGAGAGAGCUCUCCAGGCCGCGCGGAACCCUUUGCGCAGUCGGCGCACAGGCCCGCGGCCCCGCCAGCUCUCCGGAAUCCGGUGAUCCGCUUGGAGAGGCCGGGUACGCGAGCGGCCUGCUAGCCGGAGCAUAGGUGGCCGGCCUCCUGCUGGGUCUAGCGUGUGGCGGAUGGGGUUCAAGUGGACAUUGCCUGGAGCUCUGUCUCCAGGACGCCCGGCGGACACAGCCUUUGUUGGCCCCGGGGCCUCAAGGCACUCGGACGUCCGAAGCUGCUCCCAGAGCAGCCCGUGGCCGUCUACCCCCUGGGCGCGCCGCUUUCGUGUCUCUAGCGCUUUGUCCGAGACAAAGCGAUUUAGCCCUGGCUAGUAGAUCUGAUGUCCCUGGAGGCCCCGAGCCCCUGCACGAAGCCGGGUUCGGAGACUCCACGGAGAGAGCGACCGCCUUCUCAUCAAAGGUGGGAAGAUUGUGAACGAUGACCAGUCCUUUCAUGCUGAUCUGUAUGUGGAAGACGGUCUGAUUAAACAAAUUGGAGAAAAUCUCAUCGUCCCUGGGGGCAUCAAAACCAUCGAUGCUCAUGGCCUGAUGGUGCUGCCUGGGGGAGUUGACGUUCACACCCGGCUGCAGAUGCCUGUGAUGGGCAUGACCCCAGCUGAUGAUUUCUGUCAGGGCACCAAGGCGGCUCUAGCAGGCGGGACCACCAUGAUAUUGGACCAUGUGUUUCCUGACGCUGGUGUGAGCCUGCUGGCAGCCUAUGAGCAGUGGCGGGAGCGAGCAGACAGCGCGGCCUGCUGUGACUACUCCUUACAUGUGGACAUUCCUCGCUGGCACGAGAGCACCAAAGAAGAGCUGGAGGCCCUAGUCAGGGACAAAGGUGUGAACUCCUUCCUGGUCUUCAUGGCAUACAAGGACAGGUGCCAGUGUACUGACGGUCAGAUAUAUGAAAUCUUCAGCCUCAUCCGGGACCUGGGAGCUGUGGCCCAGGUGCACGCAGAAAAUGGGGACAUCGUGGAGGAGGAACAGAAGCGCCUGCUGGAGCAAGGCAUCACUGGUCCUGAGGGCCAUGUGCUCAGCCACCCAGAAGAGGUAGAGGCCGAGGCUGUGUACAGAGCAGUCACCAUUGCCAAGCAGGCCAACUGCCCACUAUACGUCACCAAGGUGAUGAGCAAGGGUGCAGCUGACAUGGUUGCCCAAGCCAAGCGCAGGGGGGUGGUCGUCUUUGGGGAACCUAUCACUGCCAGCCUGGGCACUGAUGGCUCACACUACUGGAGCAAGAACUGGGCCAAGGCUGCAGCCUUUGUCACUUCACCCCCUAUCAACCCGGACCCUACUACUGCAGACCACCUCACCUCUCUGCUGUCCAGUGGGGACCUCCAGGUGACAGGCAGUGCCCACUGCACCUUCACUACUGCCCAGAAGGCUGUUGGCAAAGACAACUUCACACUGAUCCCCGAGGGAGUCAACGGUAUAGAAGAGCGCAUGUCUGUGGUCUGGGAGAAAUGUGUGGCUUCAGGGAAAAUGGACGAGAAUGAGUUCGUUGCCGUGACCAGCACAAAUGCUGCCAAAAUCUUCAAUUUUUACCCCAGGAAGGGGCGUGUGGCCGUGGGCUCUGAUGCUGACCUGGUCAUCUGGAACCCCAGGGCCACGAAAGUCAUCUCUGCCAAGAGCCAUAACCUGAAUGUAGAGUACAACAUCUUUGAAGGAGUGGAGUGCCGAGGAGUGCCCACGGUGGUCAUAAGUCAGGGCAGAGUGGUGCUGGAGGACGGAAACCUGCUUGUCACUCCAGGGGCUGGCCGCUUCAUUCCCCGGAAGACGUUCCCGGACUUUGUCUAUAAGAGGAUAAAGGCUCGCAACAGGCUAGCAGAGAUCCACGGUGUGCCUCGAGGCCUGUACGACGGGCCUGUGCAUGAAGUGAUGUUACCUGCCAAGCCAGGAAGUGGCACACAGGCCCGUGCAUCCUGUUCAGGCAAGAUCUCAGUGCCACCCGUGCGCAACCUGCACCAGUCGGGGUUCAGCCUAUCUGGCUCUCAGGCUGACGAUCACAUUGCCAGACGUACGGCUCAGAAGAUCAUGGCACCCCCCGGAGGACGCUCCAACAUCACGUCUCUUUCCUAGACUUGGGGUCUUGGCAAGCUGGUGCUGUCCCCACUGGCAGGGUGUGGGGACGACUCACGUCAGUUAGCUCCUUCCUUUGUAGAUUGUUAUUGUGAAAGGUGCUCAGCCUUACCCUCCCCCUCCCCAUAAGCUCUCUCUUGGGUGACCCAGCCCCCACUCUGAGGUACCCGCCCCAGAGGGCUGAACCCAGGGAGAGUUCACUGCCAGAGUGAGAGGAUUAGGCAUGGCAGUGAGCAGGUGCCUCUUGCCCCCCCUGACCUUACCACGAAGGCCUUCCAUGAGAGCUCUCGGCCUCCAGCUCCUGAGCUUUCUGGGGGUCUUGGUGUAGGCAGGGUGGGCGUUUGCUGCUGCCACCCCCUAAGAAAUCACUGCCCCGUGGGAGCCCCCAAGCUUCCACCAGUUCCAUGUUGCUAAGGUGCAGCUACCCCUUGGGGGCCUGUCCCCCUGGCUGCCCUGGUGUAGGGAGGAGAGCAGGUGAGCAGGGCCUCCGCCUUGCGGAGCUGCCGUGACUUCAGGGAUCCACCAGUUACUCGGUGCAGGGGAGCUCCCUCCCACACAGACACUUCCAAGGACCAAACCUGAGCUCCUAUAGCAGCCCCCCUCUAGGGCGUUGGAUGAUCCCUUAGCUAAGGCUUGCCUUUUCCUACAAAGUGUGUUUCUAUAGGAUUACUAGAGUAGCGGUUUUGUACUGUGAGGAAACUGUAGCCAGGGAUCUGCAUGCUGCUGUACCAGAUGCCGGCCACCACCGGCCAAGCCUGAUGUGAGUCAGGUCAAUAAAAAAAACAAAAACAAAAACAAAAAA